GUCAUUCCUGCGUGCAGAGGGGUGUCGCAGAAUCGCGGAAUAAAUUCUCCCUCCGACGGCACUUAGCGACUGCUCCUCAUCUCGUUGAUUCCGACUGAGCUGUGGGAAAAUUGAACCCUGAAAGAUCAAGCGUCAUUCGAGGAGAAACUUCAGACUGAAAUCUGAAACCGCCAGAAAGUUACGAUCAGAGCGUAGAAGCUUCUAAUCCCGCUCGUUCUCUAAUGUAGAAUCACCGUAGGCAUCGUGAUGCGGCGGUCAUCAACGUCUCAAAGUGCAUCGAAGCCGCUGUAUCGCACGCAGUUUGAAUGACACUGCUGGGACCCCCUGUAUCGGACUCGCGGGUAUUUGCUUUCUCGCGGAACCACGACCCUGCGAGAGCUUCGGCCUUGACUGGCGACCCGCGGUCGCUGUGACAGUGCUCAGGGGAUAUCUCGUGCUCGAUAAUUUCUUUGUUGGGAAUAAUGCGGCGUUCUGUCGGACGUUUGACGUAAUCGCUGUUUGAAGCCGCGGCAUCGACAUUACCGGUUUGAGUUCGAAAUUCGCGCUCGAGCGACGCUGGUAUCUGCUCCCGCGCCUGCGCAGUAUGCUUCUAAAGAAAAGUGAACGACCGUGAGCCGCGGUGUAUAAGGAGGCGGGAGUGACUACGCUUAUCUGAGCCGCGGAGUGGGGGUAGCGAGGCGCGCUCGCUGCCGGGCGCCGCUGUUUACAGCGCAAAGUGACUUGUCACCGCAUUCCAUUCACGCGUCGCGCGUCUAAUUACGCGGCUCGCAGCAGUGAUAACGCCGAGCGUUUUAAAACUAGGAUCGGUAUAAAUGUUAAUAUCCGCACUCGUAGACGUCGUAGCGAGUUGAAACGAAGUUCAUUGGAAAGAGAAAAUUAUCGCGCUUGCGAGGAACAUAAAAUCGUCCUGCUAUGGAAUGAGAAUCUAACAGCGUUAUCACAUAAGUACGAAAGAUUGAUUCUCUCGAGUGAUUAAGCUAUUUCGUCGGUUCUUCUAAGAUAUUUAAUUAAUUUUUUGUCGCGCUAUUUAACACGUACAUUUUCGAUUGAAUCGUAUUUACGCGAGUGUCAGUGUCAGUGCCACGACGAAGCAGCCAGGAUGUUGGAUCGAGAAUCGAAAACGGUGGGCGCAGGAUGGAGGGGACAAGAGGUGAGCGAUACGUCAUGUAGUUUCAAGAAUCGCGUCCACGCGAGUGUCAGUGUCAGUGCCACGACGGAGCAGCCAAGAUGCUGGGUCGAGAAGCCAGGACGCGGGGCGCCGGCGGCGAUACAUCAUAUAUUUUCAAGUGCGGCGCGUUCGUCCACUGCAACCUUCUUCACGAGUCGAUCGCACUCGCAGCGAGACCUUGUUCUGCGAGAACGACGAAGAGACAAAAAGACGCACACGAUGGAGAGAGGGAGAAACAGCAGAAGCAGAAUGUCACGAGAGGAUGGAAAAGGGCCAGGAGUCACAGCGCGAGCUGGAUCCUCGUGGCGAUACAAAUUGUCACUCACCAGAUGAAGAAUCGUGCGAUGGAGUACGUCGCGAUGAGACACGUCGCACUGAAGCACGCCGUGAUGGAGCACGUCG